AUGAAGAAUCACCGUCCACAGAAAAACGUUCGUCGAGGAAAAGGUCAAAAUAGCAGCAAUAAGGUAGCACUGCCAAAGACACGCAAGGAUCUGCGGAAAGAAAAACGACAACAGAAAAAGACCAAUCGGUUUAACUAUCAUAAUCGCAGUCGUAAAGAACGGCAAGAAUAUGGAACCGUAAAAAAUCGAGAUAAAUUUGAUAAGGAUCGUUCUGAUGACGAGUUAGACGAUUUCGAGGAUGAAGAAAUUGAAUCGGACUUUAGCGACGAUCAGGAGGAAGGAAAUACACAGCCGACAGCCAAGAAAUCCCAAUACACCACUAAGAUUGAUGCAGAAAGAGAAAAGGAAAUGAUGCAGUUGCGGCGGUACGAAGAUAGCCUAAAAUCAAAUCGCAUCAAACAGCUGGAAGCUGCGAACGAGGAAGAUGAUCGCGUAAUUCAGAAAUAUGAAAAGCUACUGAAAAUCAAUCGGCGUAAAAAUAAGGAAGGCAUUCCAAAAAGCUUCGAUGAUGGGUUGGAUUACGCUUUGGAAUUGUGUACCGAUGAAAAUAUUCGGAAAAUGUACGACGCUGCAAAAGAAGCUGCCGAAUUGGAAGAAAAUUCAUCCGAUGAAUUUGCCGAAGAUUUGCGGCAAGCAGUAGUAGGUGAUGUGAAACACCAUCCAAACGAAGAUCACCAAGCCGAAACGCAUGCAAAAGUGAAAAAAAUGACUCAAAAGGAGAAGAUUCGUGUGGAAAACCUGAAAAGAGUUGAGGAGAAGUAUUUUGGUAUGGAUGAGCUAGACGAUCUAGACGAUUUAGGAGCAUAUGAUUCGGAGAUGGAAAUAGAGCUAGAUGAAAAUGCGGAAGACGAUUCUUCGGAAGAUGGAGAUCUCUAUGAGUCAAAUAUAGAGGAUGGUUCUUCAGAAGAAGAAAAUGGUACCCGAGACACCUCUAAACGAGUGAAAUUUGCACUGCCUGACAAACAGUCCGCCGGUAAAAUGAAAAGAAAUGCAUCUGCUAUUGAUUCUGAAGAAGAUGAAGAUAAUGGUGAUGAAGAAAGCCAAUAUGAAUCUUCUGAGGAUGAUGAAGAAAGUGAAUUUGAUUCUUCUGAAGAGGUAGAUCGAAGUAAAAGAACAACACCGAAAAAUUCGAAGCACAACCAGACAAACAAAGGGAAAGGAAAGCGAUCCUCGUCCGAAAGUGAUGACGAUGGGAAUAAGAAUGCUGUGGGUCGUUUUGUUUUGUUGCAAAAUAAGGCGGCUGAACAAUCUAAAGUUGUAAAACAAGCAAAACGUAAAGGUUCCAACACUCAGCCGAAAAUCGCUGCUUCAUCGGAAGAUGAUGAAGAAAACGAUUCGUUUGAUGAAAAUGAUGAAUUCGACGAUGCAUUUGAUGAUGAUUCGGAGAUGGGUGAAAGUUUGGAUGAGGCUGAUGAUGAUGUUAAUAAACCCACCGGUGACGAUGGCAGCUGGGAAGACAUAUAUGGCCGCAAAAGAGAUAGAGCAGGAAACGUAAUCAAGGAAGGUGACUCCCGUGGUGAUGGGGGAAAAUAUGUACCACCGCAUAUGAGAGCGAAGCUGGAAGCUGAGGCGGCUGCUAAAGGAGCCGGAGCCGAUCCAAAACAACAGGAGAAACUGUUGCGGCUUAAGCGACAACUGAAAGGUCAGAUAAACAGACUUGCCGAAUCGAAUGUUCAUCGUAUUUCGAUCAAUCUGGAUAAUACUUACAUGCAAAAUUCGCGGUACGAUAUGAACAGCACACUAACCAUGCUAAUCCUUGAGGCGAUCGUUGCGCCAACCCUAACACCCGAACGGAUGGUGCUUGAACACAUACUGCUUGUAGCAAUUCUGCAUGCAAACGUGGGCAACGAAGUAGGGUCACACUUCCUUGAGAUGAUAGUGGAACGCUUUCUAACGCUUGCAAAGGAAAUCCAAACGAUGGCAAACGAAUCGAAACAGCUAGACAAUUGUGUACAGAUUAUCUGCCAUCUUUACACGUUCGACAUCGUUAAAUGCAGAAUAGUGCACGAGGUGCUGCAAAAGUUGCUGGAAUGCUUUAACGAAAAGGCGGUCGAAUGCAUUUUGCUGGUGUUACGAUCGAUAGGCUUCAUUCUUCGGAAAGAUGAUCCGCUUGCGUUGAAGGAUUUAAUUGUGGCGGUUCAAAAGAAGGCAGCAAACGCCCCGGAUGCACUUAAAAACGACGUGCGAGUGAAAUUUAUGCUAGAAACGCUGUUGGCGGUUAAAAAUAAUAACAUGAAUAAAAUACCCCAAUACGAUCCCACGCUGGUCGAGCAUUUCCGGAAGCUGCUGAAAGGAAUGAUCACGAGUGGAAAGUACGUAUCGACGUUAAACAUUGGCCUGGAUGACAUCAUCAACAUACCGGAGCGCGGUAAAUGGUGGCUGGUAGGGUCAGCUUGGCACGGAACUAAGGACAAUUCGAAGCCGGGUGCGCCCGGAAAAACUGCACUGAACGGUUCCGGUGACAGCUAUUUCAGCGAUCAGCUGUUGGAACUUGCGCGCCAACAGCGAAUGAACACGGACGAUCGUCGGAACGUGUUCUGCGUCGUGAUGAGCGCGGAAGACUACCUGGAUGCAUUCGAGAAGCUGCUGCGGCUGGCUAUUAAAGACUUACGCGUUGUCGUGUCCGUUAUCAUUCACUGUAGCCUAGCAGAAAAGGAGUACAAUCCGUAUUACAGUGUGCUCGCACAGAAGUUUUGCGAUUACGAUCGCCGAUACCAGCUGGCCAUUCAGUUCGCGUUGUGGGAUCGUCUGAAGGAAAUUCACUCAUUACAGCAGCAGCAAGUACGCAAUCUUGCGCGCUUCAUUACCCAUGUGAUCGCAGAAGGAGGGUUGGCGCUAUCCUGUCUGAAGGUGAUUGAAUUCGGCGAAAUCGACAAAGUGAACCUGCGGUUAAUGCGUCAGAUUAUGCUCGGGCUGUUGCUGCUGGAUGAUGAGAACAAGUGUCUGCAGGUGUUCAGUCGCAUAUCGGCGAGCUCGAAGCUCAAAUCCUUCAAGGACGGUGUGCGCUUGUUCAUGCAUCAUUUCUUGGCCCGUGGCAGCAUGGCUCCAUCCAGCCAGCUGCCGGGGGAUCAAGUGUUACUGUUGCAGGAACGAAUUAAACAAGCAGAAGAACUGCUUUGUACCGAUACGAGAAUUGAGUACGAUGUUUGA